AUGCAGAUUAAAUUAUUGUAUUGUGUUUUAAUUAUCACUAUAGUGAUAAUACCAGUAGUGUGUUACAAGGCAGAAUGUAAUUCAAGUAAGCUUUGUUUUCAGUUAUUAACGCUGGGCGGGUGAUUUUUGUUUGGAGGGGAAAGGAGAAGUGGUAAAAAUGUUUUCCAUAAAAAGCCGCCUUCAACAAAAAAAAAUUUUUUGAAAAAAGUAAUUUUUUAAAUUUUUAUUUUUUUAAAAAAAAAGUUUGAAUACAAAAUCAACACGUAGUUUAGGUCAAAUGUGCCCUUUGGGCUGGAGCGUCUUAAGACGAGAAGACGGCUCAGCUCACACUUGCGACCCCAGCAACCCAAGCCGCAGUAAAUGCCCAAAACGUCAUACUUGUGUCGCUGCCAAAUGUGGAAUUAAAUUUUGUUGCAUAAAUGACAGUAAGUGAUUUAAAUAACAUUUUUGAAAAUUUGUAAACCCUAAACAGACAUAGUUAACUAUUUACAGUGAAACUCCUGUAUAACCAACCGCUUAAGGCUUCAAAAUGUGUUUGUUAUGAAGGAGUUUAGGUAUAGAGGAGUUUGUUAUACAAGAGUUUCACUGUAUACUAUACAAUAAAAAAAAUUUUUUUUGAAUGUGGAAAAAAAAACUAAAAAAGUAAGAUUGUUUGUUUCAGAAAUGUCACAAAAACUAAAAUUCGAGAAAGAAAUAGAAGAAGAAAUGAAUAAUGACAAGGACGAUGAAUUAUGA